AUGUUCACAAACACUCCUACUCCCUCAGGCUCCACUACAGGCGGUGCUUCUACCGCCACAGGUGGUACCCCAGGAACACAAACGGGGACACCCACAGGAACAGCAUCCGUCCCGGUCACAGGCACAGCCUCUGUAACAGCCCCUGCUGCUGUCCCAACCCAAUCUCGCUCACCCAUGGAUCCCCUCGCCUCUUUGACGAUGCUCCAACCCAAGGUUAACCUCAAGAAUCCACCUCUGUUUCCGCUCGGUGUCGAUAUCCAGUUCUCGUGGGACUAUGACCAGUAUCUGAAGUUGCAACCCGCCAAUCUGACGAUUGAGGCCUACCUGCCCGACAACAGCAUUAUCACCAUUGCUGAUGCUAUCGCAGGAAACCUGAAGAACUACACCUGGCCCGCUGCCAAACAAUUGAACCAGACAAACCCGAUCAGCACAGCUAUCUAUACUCUGCGGAUAUUCGAUGGCAACGUCGGGCGCUUUGGUGUCUUGCCUCAGGGUGGAUACCUUUCCACCUUUGUUGGCCUCAAGUUCGGUCUCUAUAGACCCUCUGCCUACAUCCCUGGAUCUCAGAUGGAUCCCCCCAUAAGUGGCACGGCCCAGUUUGCUCCUGUUCCCAACAGUGCUAUGAAGGUCAUUGUCCCAGUGGCCACUAUGGCUAUUGUUUUCAUGGUGUCUGUCCUCCUUCUCUAG